GGGGGCCGGGCUGCCUGUGCUCACUACUCCGGCUGCUCCGCCAGCGCACACCCAGCACGAGGCGCCCGCGUCCCAGCAGCUCCGCUCAGGAUGGUCAUCCGCGUCUACAUCGCCUCCUCCUCCGGCUCCACGGCGAUCAAAAAACAGCAGCAAGAUGUGUUAGGCUUCUUGGAAGUCAACAAGAUUGAAUUUGAAGAAAAAGAUAUUGCAGCCAAUGAGGAGAACCGGAAAUGGAUGAGAGAGAAUGUCCCGGAAGAGAGCCGACCAGUGAGUGGAAACCCAUUGCCCCCUCGAAUCUUCAAUGAUAGCCGAUAUCUUGGGGAUUAUGAAGCUUUCUUCGAAGCUAGAGAGAAUAAUGCAGUGUAUGCUUUUUUAGGCUUGACUGCUCCUCCUGGUUCAAAGGAAGCUGAAGCACUGGCGAAGCAGCAAGCAUGAAUUUCAACUGCCUUAAAUGUUCUGUAAAGGGAACUUCCACAGCUUUUUAUAAAAUAGAAAAUUGUCUCUGCUUCAAGAAAAAUAGAUUUAAUUUCUAACGUUUUGAUUGGUGCUUGCAGCAUCCACGGUACAUGAAUAUAAAUUUGAACACGGUGAAUAUGGGAACAUUAGGGUAGAGAGCAUGGAAGACACUAUUGCAAAGCUGGAAGCAUAGGUAACUGAAUCAAUUAGAAAUGAUUGAUUUAAAGUGGUUUAAACUAUGUCUGGGCAAUUGCGUCCAUUUUUGUAAACUUAAAGAAAACCUAUUUUAGUACUAAUUAUGCAGAUAAACUUACACCUAGAGAUCCAGCUAUUUAAACAUAGGAGAAAAUGAGCAACAACAUAAAACCUUAUCAAAUAACUCUAGUGCCUGAAUUGCCUCAAAUGUUAUUGAACAAUACAAAAAUACAGUAACUUCUCAAUGUCUUUUUAAAUUGUGGCUUAAAAUGAAAUUCUAAGUGUGGUGUAGCGUAGUAACCAUUGUAAUCGCUUAUGGAAAUUAUGACAUUUGUUCUUUUGUAGAAUGAAGAUUUAAAAUUGUAUUGUAACACAUUGUACAGAUCUUUAAAAAAAAAUUUUGCCAUGUAUAUCUCAUUUAAGCGACCAAUGUGGGCCUUUUCCACAAAAAAGAGAUUGAGCAGUGGAUAACAUUUCCAUUGGCACGUUCACCACAUAGCUCUCUAACCAUGACUUGAUUACAUGUUUGUGUGCUAGAUUUAGUGCACUUCAAUGAAAUACAGUAUGGACUAAUUCCUAGGCAGUAUCACAAAUAAGCCAAAAUGGCAUUUCCUUACAUGUGUAAGAGCUAAAGCCUUUAAUGCAAUAUUCUAUAAGGUCACAUUGUUUAUAGUUUUAGGCAUUUGGUUGCAUGUUCUAGAGGUUACUAGUUGCAUAUAGUAGUUUUUCAUAUGGGGAUCUAAAAGUAAAUGUUUGAGUUGUAACAAGUAUUGUAAUUGAGUGUGGGGGGUUUCUUUCAAGUUUUAAAAGUUGAUUUGUAUUGCCAUGGAAUUAGUGAAUCCUAUUAAAGAACAGCAUUCUGUAUCAGUGAAUUCACCAAGUGCAAUAUUAAUCCAUUCCAUGCCUUAGGUAUACAUCAGUUAUUUGGCAAAGGGGAAUUCACGUAGCCUGCAUAUUAUGGCCAUCCACUGGAAAAUCAUGAAGACUGAUUUAAAAUCCUAAUCAUAGGUGCACCUGAUGUGGUCAAACAUGGAUGUUGCAUCUUAAGAAGAAAUUGUUCAUUUCUUCCUGCCCCGUCUUUUUUUCUAUAUAGAAGGUAAGGUGACGAGGCAUCAAACUCUUUCUUUCUUACUAAUUAUUAUGUAUCAUUCCAAUAAAAUUGUUUUAGAAUGUUUUCUCAUUAUAUUAGUUUGAUUUUUGUUGGGUGUUUUUGGCUUGGUAUUUUCAGUGUUGGAAAGGAGCCUCUGUUUAGCUUGCAAAGCAACUCUGAGGAUAUUCAACCAAAAGAGUUGCUUUAAAAUUUCAGUAUCUGUAGCAGCCACAAAAUUAAUGCAGUGAAUUCAUUCCCCUCCCCUCCCCACUAUUACUAUUAAUUCAUGUUAAUAGUUUCGUGCCCUGUUGCUGGAAUUAAGCUUAUUAGUCUCAUCGAUGUAUUCACACCACUUAAAUGAUCUGGGUUAGAAAAUGUGUGUCAAAUAUAGUUUUUACCCCACAUCUACACUCCCUCCUCAAACUGAUGUUGAACCUAAUUGAUCUAGAUCAAUGGUUCUCAACCGGGGGUACGCAUACCCCUCGAGGUACACAGAUUUUUGAGGGGGUACAUAAGCUCAUCUAGAUAUUUGCCAAGUUUUACAACAGGCUAUAUAAAAAGCACUAGCGAAGUCAGUACAAACUAAAAUUUCAUACAAUGACUUGUUUAUAGUUCUCUGUAUAUUGAAAUAUAAGUACAAUAUUUACAUUCCAAUUGAUUUAUUAAUUAUAUGGUAAAAAUGAGUGUGUCAGCAAUGUUUCAGUAAUAGUGUGCUGUUACACUUUUGUCUUUUUAUGUCUGAUUUUGUAAGCAAGUAGUUUUUAAGUGAGGUGAAUCUUGGGACGGUAUGAAAGACAAAUCAGACCCCUGAAAGGGGUACAGUAGCCUGGAAAGGUUGAGCACCACUGAUCUAGAGUGUAUGGAUAAGUCAACCAGCUUCAGCACCUUUUGUAGUAAAGCUUGUUAGACAACCUAGCCUGCUUUGCCACAGUGGAUAUUGAACUCGGUUGAACCUAUCUAUAAGAGUGGGACAUGUUCAUACUGGUUGCAGGAGGGACAGUGGGUCACAUGUUUGAUGUUACAUUAAACUAAAACAUAGUUCAUUUUUGUAAUGUGGCGAUUGCUGCAGUGAUACUAAGUAGGUGGGACAGAAAUCUAAUAUUCACCUUUAUUUAGAAGUUCUGUAUUUAUAUCAGCUCUGUAAGAUAAUAAAAAAAAAUUUGUCUUGGGGCCCAAUCCUGCUAUCUUUAUACAUGUGAAAGUCCUGUUGAGUUCAGUGGCAGUUUUGAGUUUGAAUCCGACAAGAUCAGGCUAUAUAGAUGCAGCUUCAGAAUGAAGUUCCCUGGUAAAAGAAUCCUUCUUCAGCAGAUCAGGAAACAACAUAUUAAGGGCCUGGUCCUGCAAUCCUUACUUAUGUGAGUAACCCUGACUCAUAAAAGAGUACUAAUAGGAGUAAGGAUUUCCAGGAUUGAGUCCUAACUCACUGCAGUUCUAAUAUCUGAUCUGGCUGGUUGAUUCAGUAGCCAAAUGAUAGCUCUCAGAGGGUCUAUGUGCUUUGCGUGUUCAGUUAUUAAACCAGCUAGCAAUCUUUCUACUGGAUGCUAUAGAAGCACUAAACUGAAUUCCCAACCAUAAAUUGUACUGUACAUUGUCACCAGAAUUCCAGACUAUAUUCACGUGUUUUCAGUUGAACUAUUAUUUGUAUGUGUGUGUUUAGGUUUUUAAAGAAUGUUUUUGAAUGAGGAAAGGGCAUAUUUACUUACCUAUUUAUAGGAUGAACUUUUUUCUUGUUUCUAAAACAGAAUAAAGCAGAAUUGGGAGCAGUUAUCACAGUUACUGUCAUGUCUUUGAAUAGUGUCUUAGUUCUGUUGUAUCUUCUACUCUCACUUGCUAUUAUUUGGUAUUUUAAUAAAUGGUCCAUAAUGUCAUUUAGGAAGAGUGCCUUUUGUGGUCUCUCAUCACAAGGAAUCCCAUUUGCUUUUACCUUAUAUGUUUCACUUGUAUAACACAGAUUCAUUUCAUGUUUUGUUUACUGUUUUAAAAAUUUAGUCUUAAAAGCAAAGAAUAUUGUUACUCAGAAAUGCAAAGCUCUUCAAUAAAAAAUGAAUUCCAAAAAUCUGCAAUAAAAACUGCAUGUCUGCAUUUAAUGUUUACUUAGCUUGCUGUUUCAGGUUACAGUGGUGUGCACUGUAAUAAUAAAUUUUUACUAUACACAG